AAGAAGAAGUUGCAGAAAACAGAUUGCAUCAAAAUGGAGCAUUCCGGGCUUUUCAUCUUUAAAUUUCUUUCUGUAAUGCUCAUUCUCGCAAAUUUACAUCCAUUCAUAUUUUCUGCACUCUCAGCCAACAGCUGUAAAGCAGGGAACGCCAUUGAAGUGAGUUGGAAUGACAACUAUGGUUAUGAUUAUGAACCAUUUCCAAUACAAGUGGAAAAUACUUGCAGAUUCUGUGAUGCCCAUAAUGUUAUUCUGCAUCUGCAAAUAUUCUGCAUAAAUUUGAAUUCGGAUCCAGUGGAUGAGAAAGUUAUUGUAAACAAUGGUAAAUCUAUUCAUCCUGGACAAGAGCUCACAUUCACAUAUAGUGUGAACUGUCAGGCUUCUAUACAAAGUGCCCAAGCAACAGCAGAAUUUAUCAACUGCAUUUAACAAGGCCUUCAUUUCGGAACAAUAUGCCAAGCAUUGUAUGAGAUUAGAUGAAUGGUAUUUUUUUUCUGUCUGAUGUUGUUCUCAUGAGAUUGUUUGGAUGUCUCUAAUAUUUGAUAAAACUCCUUUAGUGAAUUUAUUCCUUAUUGUGUGUUCUUAA